AUGCCCUACCUGCGACCCCCUUCCUCUGAAAGAUCGCAUUCAAGCCAGCCUACGGCGAUCUUGGCAAACGAAUGCGAUAUCGCUGUGUACACCACUACAGGCUGCGAGCAUGAGGAAGCGUGGUCCCUCCGCUAUCGGUCUCACUCCCCAUCUCCCAAAAUCGCCCUGCAACCCAUGCCGACACUAAUGUAUCCACUCGAGAAUGUAGCAGUACCAAUAGAACAGGUGCCGGGAGCUGUUCGCGACGCGAUAUCCUCGCGCGCUGCGACGCCGCAGCACAAUGUAGCAGCUCCCUUGCACAAGACACCCGCUGACGGUGCGAUCGUGGAGGAGGGUUUCCCUGACAUCAUACCGCAGCCUACAAGUCCCCAGAACGUCUUACAGCGACGUUAUCAGGAUCGAUACCGCAUACCAUCGGAGGAAACACGUGAAGACAUGGAAAUGAUCCCGGAGAUGGAGACAUCCUUUGAGCACGAUCCAAUCGAUAAUGAUGACUGGCGACCAAUGGAGCACCCAGAAGGGCAGCUAUACUACCAAAGGAUGGAUCUUAACAUACAUGUCUAUACCGAUGUACUACUGCAAGAUAAGACCAAUUUGAGCGAGAUCGAGAAGUUAGCGACAGUCUUGUCACGAAGGCUUCAGGAGCGCAAAAGCAAACUACCGGAAAACCUCGAAGUAGUCUUAGAUGUACAGCAAACUGAAGAAGGAACGGAUUACUACUAUUACCUCGUCGACGGAUCCAAACGUGCUAUUUUCUGGUUGGAAAAGGUGGACGCAAGUCUGCUCACCUUGCAGCUUCGUCAAGCAUAUAACCCAUCUUACCUGAUACUGGUACCGUACUUUGCAUUCGACUCAAAGACCUCGGAGACGUCGACAUCACCCUUCAAUUACGCUGAUCUUGCGGUACUUUCUAACAGCGCGAGAAACCUCACAGCUGGUGGAGGGGCCCCGGCAAUAUGGGUUGUUGACUGGGAGCGGUUCCUUCACUUCCAUGGCUUGCGCGAGGCCCGCCUCGAUCGAUCAGCGAGUGUCUUCGAGUCUACGCCCCGUGUUCACUCUUGGCUCUUCAGGAUCAUGACGCCAAUGCUUUUCUACCUUCCUACACGAUACGCAGAACAGCUAAACGUGAUCUGGGUUGACCAAACUGUCAAUCAUGUGCCAUGGAGAAACUUCAUUGAUAGACUCGCGCGCGAUUGGCAGGCAUCGAUCACCCCCGCUUCCAUCCUUGUGACGACGAACGUAGGCCUCCUAGCGGUGAACACGAUUGAUACCAAUGGUCCCAGGAAUGUCGCGGAAAUAGCCAGUUACAUCUCGACAUUCCUUAGCCUGGGCAAUAUCAUUCUCUGUGCUAUCCUAAUGCGACAGCAUCAGAUAUCCGGCAUUGACACCGCAGCCGGCGCGUCUGCAUAUCUCUACAAACGAGAGUCCUUACUUUUAGGACUGGACAUUGUAGCUAUCGUUUACAGUCUGCCAGAGGCUCUCUUCCUUUACGGGUCCAGCGUUUGGACCAGACUGUUGACCGGAAUAAUCUUCGCCCUCGUGGUCACCCUCGUUGUGCUCGUCGUCAUGCUGGAGCUGUGGCCACCGAUCACAGACGAAGAUGUAGACGAGCGUGGCUGUUUGGGAUCCAUUAGGCACAACCUCGUUUCCAGAGCUAUACGCGGUACAUCUCUGACUCAAGAACAAGAGAUUCCAAACCUGUUCGUGAGAGUUGCCAUAUUCACUCACGAGAACUAG